CGCGUCGUCCCACAUUAUCCCUUUCCCUGCCAUGCAACUUCAACCGUCCCUCGUCCGUCUAAGCGAACCGCCAGUAUCAGCGGGAUACACCAGGUCGAAGCUUCACCUAACCCCCACCAUAAAUUCCAUGCGGCUCUCUGGCACUUCUUUCUCUUCGCUGCGCUUCUCAGUUUGGUGUUGUCGACCCGAGGCGAGGGGUGUUUGUAUCGAGGGUUGCCAGCAGGCCAGCUUGACACACACAUGACCUUGAACUCAGACGGUUAGGUCGACAUCACAACAAGGCAGUUCCCAGACUGUUCACUUGCUUGUAAUCAUCCUCGAACCGUUGUCGUCGUCGAAUCCACCUCCUCUUCGGCAACCCACCUCCUUUACCGACCGCAAGCCCGAACGUCACCGACUGCGACCGACCCGAUAUUGACCACCCACUCUGACACCUUGUUUUCUCGAACUUCUGACGCACAUUUAUGCUCGGGUUGUGUAUCCACGGAGAACCUGCCAGCAGCGCACAUUGAUUAGCUCACUGGACACAGGUAAGUGGGUUUGGCUUGACUUACACAGGCGAGUGGCGGGACAUCUGUAUGACCGAACCGUGGGUGACGGGCGUCAUCCAACCUGUCAUGCGGACUGCAAGGAGAAAGUUUGGACCCUGUGGAACAUUUCGAGAUGUUGAGCGUGUGGACGGGACCGGUCGAACCUUCCUGUCAGUGGAGGUUCUGAGGCAGGAGACGCUCCGCAACCCUGGACGUUUCACCCACAGGGCAGGGCUCUCUCCACACCUACACGUCUUGCAUCAGAGAUAUCUUCAAUUUCUUAUCUGAUCUUUGACGUCGGAUGAACGUGUGUGGCAGCAGAAAAGUCAGAAUCUCUUUUGCUAACAAACUGUCUCCGGGUGUUAUCAUCACACAGCCCCUCAAAUAGUUCAAACUUGACCCUCUAUCUCGAACGAUCGACGACACCAAUCUCCAGCAGAGUUCACUCUCAACAUCCAUCGCCAUGAAGCGAUCUGUGACAGACCGGUCGUGGAGGCUGCCUCUACAGCUGAGGCGGCAGGCCAUGCAUCGACGAACCUACUCAGACUCGUCAGAAGCAUCCCAUUGCUCUCGCGCAUCAUCGAGCUCCGAAGAUCAGUUUGCCUUCUCGCCAGCUUCCGAGAACCCGCCAACUCGAAGUGUUACAUCCAACUUCACGGCUUCCCUUGACCAGACUGCCGAUAUCAACUCCGAGGCCCGUUUCUCCGCCGAUGUGGCAGGUCCAUCAGUCGACACACCCCAAGGAAGUUCGAGCAGCAAAAGCAGGCCAAUUGCCAUCGAGAUUCCAUCAUUUCGCAGACACGAUACUGUUACGGGUGUGGACGCUUCGCUUCCCCCGGCCCCUUUGUCAGGACGAGGUGAUAUCCCUGGAGGAUACUUCCCUCUCCACGAAGAUCCCCAAUCCCGGGUCACUAUUCCCCAUCCAUUCCACAACGACGCCGACAUGGCCAGACAAUACUCCUGGCAAAAGGCUGCCGAGUCCACGACCAAUCGGGCGGCGAGCCCCUUGUCCAUGAGCAUGAGCACCUCGAUCAGAAACGAAACUGGUCACUUCCCCUUUUCUGAGCGCUCGAGAACAACUGCGCUCACUGCUCACACCCCCGCAACGUCGUAUAUCCCAAUGGGCCACCACGAUGGCAUUGCGUUACCUCUUGGAAAAUACUACCCCACGAACUGGGAGAGACGCCACGGCAAGAGUUCCCAGCAGCAGCGGCCCUCGACACCGACAAAGCCCGCUUCCUCGGCUGGCCACGAGUCUCAGGGGCAAAAGCUGCGUCGGGAACAAGGGCAUGCCCGAUCCGGCUCUGAAGUCAAACGCCGUAUCCAGCAAUACCAGCGUGACAUGGUUGCGCAGGCCACGAUGGCUGCGAGGUCAGUGGUAGCUAACAGUGCUGCUCUUCCAGCAGCCAUCGGAGGGCCUGAUGGGUUCUUCGGUGUCCAUCAGUUGAAGACGAAGCCGAAAUCCCCUCGUCUGGCGCCACUCGGCAGUCCCGGACCCGUCACACCAAUGUCCCUGGAGGGCGAGGACGGCGGUUACCUGACACUCGGUCGACCCAUGACAGGUGCCGAUGCCGAGCGUCAAGCCGCCGAGCUGGAAAAGGCUAUGCGUGACGACGAGGCGAGACGGAACAACUCGCAUUCUUCACCAGGCGCUCUAUCUGUUUAAACAUCCGUUUUCCAUCGCAUAGCUUUUGGCUUAUUUCAUUUAUUGGUUCUGGACACUGCUAUGCAUCAUCAUCACUUUGCACAUCGCCGGUAACACCAAAAAAAAAAGGGCACAAACGGAAAAAAGGGAUUUUCUGGUUGUUUUUUUUUUUUUUUUUGUUUCACAUCAUUGAUACCCCCCUUCACAGAGAACAAUAGAGCGCGCGGCCGCGGCAACGGCGGGACUGAGACGGAAACAGGCAGGAUAGGGGCGUAUACUCAUUUGGACGUUACAUAGAUUUCUUUUUGGUAGGG